GGAGCCUCCGGGCAUGGAGUAGAAGGGUGCGCGUGUCCGGGCGCAAGGACAGACGCCGGGGCAGACGCGCGGUCAGACGGCCGGACACUACCGCGGCUGCCGGGCGCGGACGCAGGCCCCUCCUUGCCCAGCCCAGGACCCGAACGGACGAUGCGCGGACCUGUGCGCCCCCUCCUCCUGGGGCUGUUGCUGGUGCUGGGGGCGGCGGGGCCCGGCCGGGCGCGCGCGGAGUCCCGGGAGCCCGCAGACGGGCAGACCUUGCUGCGGCUGCUUGUGGAGAUCGUCCAGGAGCUCAAGAAACACCAGCCCGGAGAGUACGCGAGGCCGCAGCCCCACGGCGGGCAGGACUGCGCCCCCGGUCCCGGCCAGGUCCUGGACUUCGGGCCUUCACAGGACGAACAGAGAGUGGAAAUUGUUCCUCGAGAUCUGAGGAUGAAGGACAAGUUUUUAAAACACCUUACAGGCCCUCUUUAUUUUAGCCCAAAGUGCAGCAGACAUUUCCACAGACUUUAUCACAACACCAGAGACUGUACCAUUCCUGCAUACUAUAAAAGAUGUGCCCGGCUCCUCACUCGGCUGGCGGUCAGCCCAGCAUGCGUGGAGGGAAAGCAGUGAGCAGAGAUGUGCAGGAGUGAAGGAGCAGGACACAGGAACCAUGAGAAGUGCCUUGGAAACCAGCAGGGAAACAGAACUAUCUUUAUAAACACAUUCCCUCGUCUAUAAGAGAUUUAUUUUUGCAGACUUCCAUAAUUCUUUUGAGUUUUGUAUGUUGUUGACACUUUACAGAUACGUAUUCAGUAAAUCAGUGUACUCAACAGUGACACUUGCCACUAUUUUAAAAACCAAGAAAAUGCCCCACAUUUGACAUGCAGUGCUAUUAAAUAACAUUAUUUCAUUUUCCGAUUAGGUAAAAUUGCAAAGAAUAUUUAAUACGCAGAAUCUUAAACUAUAUUUUCAUAUAGCAUACGGUAUAAUUUGAUACUUUGUAUUACUUUUACAAUUAAAUUCCCAGAGUUUAAUUUGAAAAGGCAUGAAAAAUAAAUAAAACUUCAGUUGUGUUUUGGAGACAGAGUGAAAAUCUGUGAAUAUAUCCAAGUUCAUUCCAUUUGUCCUUUGUAUCAUAAAUGUAAAAUAGUAUUCAUUGUUGUGCAGUAUGUAAAUACUGUAAAUAAAUACAGUAAUAAAUGCAGUGUUUGUUAUAAUGCCGGUCUCCAAAGUGGCUCCUACCCCCUAACAAGAUCAGUGUUGAGACUUAAGAUUUGCAGAUCUACACAGAGAUCACAACACUGGCAGAAUGUCACAGAAUGGAUAAUUAACAUGUUCUACAACUAGAAGGUACUAUAUACUAUACAGAGGCAUAAUUGAGCCUGAUUUGGAAGUAAACAUCCCAAAAAAGGUUGUAGCCAUUAUCUCCCACAUGAUUUUGUAAUCAUGAAAACAUGAAACCUUAAGGCUUCAAAGCAGUCUCAGAUUUUUACAAGUAAAUACAUUUUAAACAAAUCUAGUUGGAUUCUAUUUUAAAAGAUAAAGUGGGAUCCAGCAAAGCAAUGCAUUUCCCAGUCGUGUCUGCCUCAUAAACAGAUGAACUGUCUGGACACAGCAUGAGGACAGGGCCAUGAGUUGUUGUCAGGAGCCCUGACUUCUGUCUGAGGAGCUGCAACAUAAACAUCACGGACCAUGAAGACAGAAGAGCAAGGACUUUCGUCCCUUUCAGAUGAAGCCAGCACUGAGUGACAAGGACAGCGGUCUUUAAAUGUUCUUAUGGAAUCCUGCCUUCCAACUGCAGCGAAUUACUUGGUCUUUUCUUCCCAAUUCUUUAUCUUCUGGGCUACCGUAGCCAAACUCCCACUCUGUUUACCGUCCCAUGUCUGUAUGUCUGAGUAGCUCCAUUAGGAGCAAGACCCACUCAGCCAAGUAAACUGCCUUCCUGUGUCAAUUCUGUGGCCCUUCCACACAGCGUGGUGGGGAAGCUACCCUCUCUGGUCCAGCAGACACCAGCAUGUCCAGGGUAAAGGCCCCUCUACCCCUG